CUUCUCUCUGAGCGGACGCACACAGAUACAGAUGGUUUCAUUACGGCAUCCCGCUUCAUGGUGACCGAAACUGCUGUUGUUUAGGAAAAAAGCUCCCCCUGCCCUGUGACCGGUUUUGUGUUUUUUGGAUGCGCCAUGCAAUCUCGCUGGUGGAGUUGUGGAAUUCGGCUGGUGGCAUGGACGUGGGUUUGGAGUCUGGCGUUGCACGGAGCGUGGUGCAUCCCUGCAAAUGAAGUGAACCUGCUGGAUUCUCGCUCUGUGAUGGGUGACCUAGGAUGGGUGGCCUAUCCUAAGAAUGGGUGGGAGGAGAUCGGGGAAGUAGACGAGGACUAUGCUCCCAUCCACACCUACCAAGUGUGCCGGGUGAUGGAGCAGAACCAGAACAACUGGCUCCACACCAACUGGAUUCUGACCGAGGGCGCCCAGCGGGUCUUCAUCGAGCUGAAGUUCACCCUGAGAGACUGCAACAGCCUGCCAGGGGGGGUCGGGACCUGUAAGGAGACUUUUAACAUGUACUACUACGAAACGGACGAGGGCGAUGAGGAAAUUGACGGAGAGAUGAACGAUGGGACGGGGAUGACUGAGGAGGAGGACAGGGCGAUGAAGGAGAGCAGAUACAUCAAAGUCGACACCAUAGCAGCUGAUGAGAGCUUCACAGAGCUGGACCUCGGGGACCGCGUGAUGAAGCUCAACACUGAAGUACGCGAUUUAGGUCCCUUGACCCACAAAGGCUUCUACCUGGCGUUUCAGGAUUUGGGGGCCUGCAUCGCUUUGGUUUCGGUGCGUGUUUUCUACAAGCGAUGCCCGUUUCUGGUGAAGAGUUUGGCCGAGUUCCCCGACACCAUUCCGGGCUCAGAAGCCUCGCAGCUGGUGGAGGUAGUGGGCCGAUGCGUCAAUAACUCCCUGCCUUUAUAUGAGCCUCCCAGGAUGCACUGCAGCACAGAGGGUGAAUGGCUGGUGCCGAUCGGGAAGUGUGUCUGCCAGCCGGGAUUUGAGGAAAUCAAUGGGUCCUGUCAAGUCUGCAAAGUGGGGUUUUACCGCUCGCUGCUGGAGUCUUUGGACUGCAGUAAAUGUCCACCACACAGUCUGGCCAGGCAGACGGGAGCCACCGCCUGCAGUUGUGAGGAUGGAUGGUAUAAGAUCGACUCCGACCCUCCCAAUAUCGCCUGCACACGCCCUCCGUCUGCUCCACGCAACGCUAUCUCCAACGUCAACGAGACCAGCGUCUUCCUGGAGUGGUCCGUCCCCAUGGAAACGGGUGGCAGGAAGGACGUGCGCUACAACAUCCUGUGCAGACGGGUCCUGCCAGAUGGGAGGGGCUUGGAAGAAUGUGGCCCCAACGUGCGUUUUCUGCCUCGACGAGUCGGCCUGUCAAACACGUCGGUCAUGGUGGCCGACCUGCAGUCACACACCAACUACAGCUUCCUGCUGGAGGCCGUCAACGGGGUGUCAGAGCUGGCAAAAGAACACGCCAAGCAGUAUGUGUCACUCAAUGUGACAACCAAUCAGGCAGCACCGUCGCCAGUGAGCGUGGUGAGGAAAGGUGUAACGGGGAAGAGCAGCAUUGCCAUUUCUUGGGCGGAGCCUGACCGCCCCAACGGCAUCAUCCUGGAAUAUGAGAUCAAGUAUUUUGAAAAGGAGCAGGACUCCAGUUACACCAUUAUAAAAUCCAAAGCGACUGAGAUGGUGGUGGAAGGCCUGAAGCCGUCUUCAGCCUACAUCUUCCAGGUGAGAGCCAGGACCUCUGCGGGCUACGGUGCAUUUAGCCGACGUUUUGAAUUCCAGACCAGCCCUUACUUAACUGCAACCAGUGAACGUGCUCAAGCUUCGAUCGUAGCGGUGGCCAUUACGUUGGCUCUGGUCCUGCUGGCGGUGGUCGCUGGAUUCCUGCUAAGUGGACGGCGGUGUGGCUACAGCAAAGCAAAGCAGGAUCCCGAAGAGGAGAAAAUGCACUUCCAUAAUGGUCACAUAAAGUUCCCUGGCGUGCGCACCUACAUUGACCCCCUCACCUAUGAAGAUCCCAACCAGGCUGUGCAUGAAUUUGCUCAGGAGAUCGACGUCUCAUUUAUCUCAAUAGAGAGAAUCAUCGGAGCUGGGGAGUUUGGUGAGGUGUGCAGCGGACCGCUGAGGCUUCCCGGGAAAAGAGAGAUCCAGGUUGCCAUCAAGACCUUGAAAGUAGGCUACACGGAACAGCAGAGACGCGACUUCCUGUGGGAGGCGUCCAUCAUGGGCCAGUUCAACCAUCCGAACAUCAUCCGUCUGGAGGGCGUGGUCACCAAGAGCAAGCCAGUGAUGAUCAUCACUGAAUACAUGGAGAACGGAUCACUGGACACUUUCCUCAAGAAAAACGAUGGCCAGUUUACUGUAAUCCAGCUGGUUGGUAUGCUACGGGGAAUAGCGUCUGGCAUGAGAUACCUCUCCGACAUGGGCUACGUUCACCGUGAUCUCGCAGCCCGUAACAUCCUGGUCAACAGUAACCUGGUGUCUAAAGUGUCUGAUUUCGGACUGUCCCGAGUCCUGGAAGAUGACGCAGAGGCUGCAUACACUACACGGGGCGGGAAGAUUCCUAUUCGCUGGACCGCUCCCGAGGCGAUCGCAUACAGGAAGUUCACCUCGGCCAGCGACGUUUGGAGUUACGGGAUCGUCAUGUGGGAAGUGAUGUCAUAUGGAGAGAGGCCAUACUGGGAGAUGUCCAAUCAAGAUGUAAUAAAGGCCGUGGAGGAGAGCUAUAGGUUGCCGGGUCCUAUGGACUGCCCUGAGGCUCUGUACCAUCUAAUGAUGGACUGCUGGCAGCGAGAACGCAGCAACCGGCCCAAGUUUGAUGAAAUUGUCUGUCUGCUAGACAAACUCAUACGCAAUCCCAGCUCAUUAAAAAAGCUGGUCAACUCCUCACACAGGGUUUCCAACCUGUUAGUGGAGCAUGCCAGUGUGGAAGGGAGCUCCAGCUCUCGGAGUCAGACUGUGGGGGAAUGGCUCGACUCCAUCAAGAUGGGUCGUUACACUGAGCUCUUCAUGGAAGGAGGUUUCUCACUGGAGACAGUGGCUCAGAUGACUUCAGAGGAUCUCCGAAGAGUAGGAGUGAACCUGGCUGGUCAUCAAAAAAAAAUCAUCACUAGCAUUCAAGAGAUGAGAGUCCAUAUGAACAGCACCAACUCUACUGUAAACAUCUGAUGCAUAUAUACAGGCAUGCGCACACACACAAAUACACACGGUAUAUGGACCUAGAAUAUGACGAAAAAACACUGAGAUUUGCUGUUGGACCUAAAGCAGCUGAGCACUUUCUACGGACAAAAACACCCGAUGUUUAUGGAUCUAAACUGGAGAAUCCACACAUUUGUGGUUGUUGUGUGGAGUUUGCUUGUGGUUUCAUUGGGGGAAUUUGACAUUGCAGCAGUAAAACCAAACUGAACUGAACUGAGUGGUGCUACACAAAGGAAAAGACAGCGUGGGGCAACAUUUCUCAUUUGAAUUAUUCUGUUUCUGUGAGUCGUGAGCAUUGGGAAAUCUCUGUUUUGAUUCUCUCAGAUCAAACAUGAAUCAUAGGCUGCAGAUCUGGCUCCGAGAGCAACCAGCACUUUUUGACUCUAUAACAAAUACGGGAGUUUCACGCAGAAGGCUCAAACUGAUUUUUUUUCAGCCUGCCUCAAGUGAUUUGAACCCAGUGGAUCUGAACAAUUUGUCUGACAAUUUUCUCUGGAAAUUGAGUUCCAUCACGAGUCAUUGAACUCCUCGCCAUUCUCAGGUGGGGAAACUGUGAUAAUGGAUCAAGAGCAACAUGUUCAUUACCUUUGCUUUGCCAUGCUGAUGUGCUUUGGAUUUUGUUUUCCUGACUCAGGCAGGUCUUCAUGCAACAUGACUUCAUUUUUAACACAGCUGUACAACUUAUUGAAGGACCAGACUCAUAUCUAGCAUCAUAUACUGUACAUUAUUAUCUUCUAAAGCAAGACAAGAUUACGAAAUGCAAACUUCAUUGUUGAAGGAGACUGAAUGUAUAAUACAACAGUCUUUGACAAGUAACCUGUCUUGGUCUGGCUUUGUCCAGAAAAGUUUGGUUUUAUCAGAACAAAGUAAAAAAGAUCAUGAGAAGAUACAAGUCUAGGAAUAAUGAAUCCUCUGGCUGAAUGUAUAGCACUACACAACACAUUGUGCUUGGUUGCAGUAACCAUUCUGGUCCUUAAUUCCAGCUUCUGAAUGAAUCUGAUGAUUGUAGAAGACAUUGAACUGGCACCCUGUCAUCCUUGUUCUGAACCCCUGUAGAAUUUCCCAAAAGACCUUAAUGGGUUUUUCAAAAACUCAUUAAGUUAUCAACUCCUAAACCAUACAGAUUCUGAUUCAAAAGUGCUUCAUAUAACUGUAUACUUUACGCAUGUUUAUGGGAAUUUCGCCUGGAUACCGGACAACCCUUCAUUCUAGCAGCAUCAUCAAAAUCAGUCAGCUUCACCUCGAGGUAUAGACAGAACUGAGAUCUACUGGAACCAAGACUCUGACACUCUUGGAUCCUUCUCUCAGAUUCUGAUAGACUUUCAUACAGGCUUUACAAUGGAAAUGGAAAACACGUUCAAAGGAACUUCAAGGAGGAUUCAGCUGGGACCUUCAUAUGGAAAUUCAUGUACAGUUCGAUCAAUCCGGAUGGAACAUUUGCUCAUGUGAUUUAUUAAGGAACAUUCAGAUUCUCAUGGAAAGGAUCGUCCAGAUUCUGGUGGUACUGUUUACUGAUAUUUUUAUGGAAACCCUUCGCUCAGAUUUGAAUGAUAUCUCCACUAGGAUUCCAAUGCAGCCUUCACUCAAGAGUGCACUCAGAUUUUAAGGAGCCUUCACUUACAACCAACAACCUUCAGGUACCGCAGGAAACCCUCAGCAAUCUGUUCAGUUCACCAUGCCGUAGUCUCUCUCCACUACAUGUCUGCCACACCACAAUAAACCUCAUUCUUAAAGAACUGUUGGAAAAAAAGGAGGCAAUAUUGAUAAUCAUUUAUUUAUUUAUAAUUGUUUUUAAAAAAUGAGAAAUGGUGUUUGUUUCAUCAUUAUACUCUCUCUUGGACUACUGAGCAGCUCUGCCUACAUGUCUUUCAUGUAUAUAAUGUAUUAUAUAUUUAAAGCAGGGAGCAGUUCUUCUGUCUACCAUCCUGUGGACGAGUUGGUAUUGAUCAAGCAUCUCAGAGUACACAAGUUAAUAGUGACAAAUAUUCUAAAACAGCAUUCCUGUGGCACUCUGAGGUUGGGCAACCAGCACAUCUGUCUUCAUAUAUGGGGGCCCAAAAGGGUAGCAGAAUUAUCAAAUAUUCAUGUUUUGUUGUUGGUAAUUGUGUUUCAUUUCAAGUUUUGUUGAAAGACCUAGAAAUAUAUCCAGAGGCCCUGAAUGAGACAGCAAUAAAUACUUGCAGGUACUGGGCACAGGGAUGGAUAUAUGUACUUAUGGUAUGGUUUAGAGGUAUACAAUGAUGUCAAUGAUCAAUCCCUUGCUUUACUUCUCUUUGGUAUGGUAUGUCAAACAUUGCUACUCGAUGCUUUAUUGAUAAAACUUGACCCUUCUCCGUUUUGUUCACCUGAGCAGCAAAUGAGUUCUGACGGUAUUUAUCUUCUUGCAGAUGACAUACUAAUAUUUUUCUUGGUAAUACGCAGUGUACUGCUAGCGCUGUGGCUUAAGAGUGGAAACGAAAUGAGAUUGUAAAGUUAGUUUUUUAAGAAGUGGUUUCUCUUGACUGUUUGAAGAGCACAGAAAAGCACAGAAGAAGAUUGUAAGGUUUUAAAGGGGUAUUUCACUUUUCUUGGUGGAAAUGUUUCGCUUUUAAACACUCAAACCUCCACCAAGGACUCAAAUGCCACCUGAUCAUGAUCAUGUUUCUUGACUGGUUUUAUAACAGUCAGUGAGGAAUGGUCACAAUUGUUAUACUUUUCAGGCAUCUGUUUUUAAAAGUCAAAAUGUUCUCCCGGUGAAGGUUUGCUUGAAAGAUAAACAUCUGCAUAGUCGUUUUACUCUAGAAGUAUUACUUUGGAGGUUCGGCUCCAAUUUGGGAGUGAUUUACUCGAUCCCAGGAAAAAUGGCGGCCACAAGAGCUACUUAACAUCAAUCUGGUAAGUCCCUCUUUUUAGCCACAUUGUACGUUUUUAUUCCACCAAAGUUUAUUCCUAGACUCAAAAGUGUGUCCAACUUUUGGCAGUCAGACUUUUUUAGACUAUUGUGGUUAUGCAGAUCUUUAAUUCAGCAGGGAAAUGCAUCAACAAUUUGGUGAAUCUUUAAUAUUAAGACAGGCAUGUACAGUCAAAGUAAUUGCGCUGGCUGGUCAAUAAUGCAGGGGUUUGAUGAAGUUUCACAGUGUUCUGAUCCCACCCAAAUUCCAUGUUAUUGGCUUUUUUACAACAACCUUAAUUUUCAACCUAAAGCCCACCACCUGGGUUGUGAACAAUUGGUGAAUAGUACACAUUUAUAAGUGCCUCUCAUCUUACGAGCACCACUUUUUUCCUCUCCCCUGCCAAAAUGUUAUGCCCCGAUUUUGCCCCAACUUUCUAUGUAAUUUCUUUUUGCCAACAAUAUCUACAGGCAAUAAGAAGAAUGUCAGACAAUGUGUAUGUUGGAACUAAUUUAAUUUGCACUUUAUGGGAAAUCUUGUGCCCUUUUGUUUGACUAAAAAUGUCAAUAGGUGACUGACUUUUCAGUGUCAAGGUUUUUCUUAAUAGUUUAAUAUAUAAAUAUAAUAAUUACAGUAUUCCCAUAUGCUGGAUACACCACUUCAUAUUCUCAAUGCUUCCCGUAGUUUUAAAUUUGACAGUUAAGCACAAAGCAUUGGUGAUAUUUUUUGAAAACAAAUCAGAGCUAUAUAUAUGGAAAAGCAUUAUUGAUGUAGAACCCCAUUUUCUGUGUACGGCACAACGAUACACCUUCAGAACGUAAGCACAGGGUUGGAUAGGAAUCUUGAAGGACAGUGAGCGAACAAUAUGACUUUGUACAAGCGUCGAUAGCACUAGCCCUUGAUGUCAACUAACGCUGGUGUUUGUGGCAUUUUUUGCAUUACCAAUUGUAAAAAAGCAGGUAGUGAUGUGUCAUUGGAAACAAUACAGCUUGGUUGGUAGUUGUUGACAUCUUCAUUAAUUCAAAUGAUUUACUGUCAGCACUUUUGCAACAACCUGAUUUUAUCCUGGUCGUCUCUUUGUAAAGCAAUGGGAGGAAACAAAGCACAGCAAACCAGCAGAGACUUGUAAAGAUUUUUGUUGUGUUGUUUCUCUACGAUGACUUCCAGCUGUAUCUUUCAUCAAACCUGCAGUGAGGUGUUAUGCAGGAGCCAGUUUUUAGUGUCAAAUAACAAUAAAAACAUGUUUAAUGUUAAAUCUGACCAACUUUGUAGAUGGAAUAUGACUUUCAGAAGAGGGUAAUGUAAUUUAUUCACAUCAAUAUACACAGACAUGUCCACAACAAGUACGUGCAGGUGUACAAAUUGACAUUUCUGAUUGACUCUAAUAAAAGCACCGCAUAAACCAUCAGUUAAAGAGGUUUGACUGGAUUCUAGCAGAUGUACAAAAGCAAUAUUUUAUUUGUUGUUCUUAAAAAAAAAACAUAUUUGCAUACACAAGUGCAUGGCAAUUUAACAACCAUAAAAGGUUGCACUGACAUCUGACUGGGUUCAAAGAUAAUAUGUACAUUUCUUGGCUCAUGGAAAUGUGGUCAAAGUGGUGCAAUAUGCAGCUUUCACUCAAAUUAUCAACAUACAAAAGCAGGUAUGCGGAUAUUAGGUUUUCCCCGGGUCAAAGAGAACAAUCAAAUCAUCAGUCAUUCACUCAUAAGGUUUUAAACUCCUGAAUAACUGUUUUGUGAUUCUUUGAAAGCACAGUAAAGAUACUAUUGGUGUGCUAUUGGUUUGUCUUUGAGACUGUCAUGUGUUAUGUUUGUGUUGAUGUUUUUGUAGUGUGUUAUAAAAUUAUAUAU